UAGUUUGAUAUUUUUCUUUAGCUAAAUAGGUUAGCCUUAUUUGUUUACAUUUGUGUAACCAGUUGUGUGAUUCACUUGGGAACUUCUGUCGAUUUAACAAAGGUUGUUUAUUCUCCGUGGCUUAUUAAAUCACGCCUAAAACACAUGUAUUAUCUUGGAACACUAACAUCAAUAUCGUGAAAGUAAUUACUAUGUUAACGUGCUUUAUUUGCAAUGCAAACCGGUCAUUCUCUGUAUCUGAUAAGUGGUCACUGUCUGAUUUUCGAUAGAUAGAUAGAUAGAUAGAUAGAUAGAUAGAUACUAGGGCAUUGUUUUCUUUUUGUAUUGAUUUCCCUGCAGGCAUACCAACAGCGAUACAUUCAGUACCAGUGAAAAAUGUGGACACCCUUUCUUAUUAAGCGUGUCUAUACUUUUGACUGGUACCGUAUUUCAAAACCUUCUGUUUGAACUUGGACUUAACUUUAACAAAAUGUACACUUAUUCCAUUUAAAUAAAGUUAAUAUCAGUUAACUUCGUUUGUAUAUCACCAAUUCACAAAAAUAGUUAUGUCAAGUUACUUUUAAAUAUAUAUUCCCAUUCAAUCAUAUUCAAUGUAGUUUACUUAUAAUCAAAUUAAAUCAAAUCAAUUGCAUGAUCCACACGAGUCCAAUUUAUAAUAACUGUGUUCAUAUAAACCAAUUGAUAAAUAUUGUUGCCUAGCUUAGGAAACAAAUGGCUCUAUUACUCACUUCAGGGAAACCUGGUUGCUUUCAAAAUACUGGAUAGAAGAGCGACUGGAAACUGUUUAUUUCUUUCUUCACAGUUAAUGUGAGAUGUUUUGUCAGAAUGACAGCAGUUAUAUAGGAGGGAUGGGUUCCUCUGGGAUAGCAGAGCUGCUUUCAGGCCUCUGUUGUACAGAAGAGGAGAAUCCUUUUCCUCUGUGGGAGAAUGGACACAUCAGCCCCUGCUUCAAUCAGCUCAUCCUUGGAGCUUUGCCGCAUGCUGUGAUGGCAGUUUUCAGUGCCUACUAUCUUGGUAUGGCAAGAUGUAACUUCUUUCGGUCAUCCCCACCAUUUGGUUGGACACUCAGGCUGGUGUCAGCUUUACUUGCUGCACUGCUCUUCACAGCGGAUGUCGUACUGGUGUGUGUCCUCCAGCAGGGGGACAUGUAUCUGGACGUCCUAACUGACAGCUCUGCAGUCCUGGCCUGGCUGGUCCACUUUGGUGCCAUAACGGUCCUCCUGAGGACUGCUUUCAGGAGAACCAGAGGACCUCCAGUCCUACUCUUCAUAGUUCUUCUGUUAGUCCCCAACCUAGUCGUCUCCUUGAUGAUCUACUAUGACAACAAGGAUUAUUUACGCAUUACUGAACCUCUUAAACUGGCAAGAUUUGUUCUUGCCUCAGCGCGGACACUUCUGUGUCUGGUCUACCUCCUUGCAUUUGUUUUCCCCUGCAUUAGUGAUUCUGGAUAUACCUUAUAUAUUCAGACUCUUGAUGGAUCUCCACUUAUCCCAGAGAGCACACAGCCUGAUACAGCUGAGAUGGUGGCUGAGGAUGGGAGUGGCUGCUUUUCUCGACUCUUCUACCUGUGGUUGAAUCCUCUGCUCAGACGAGGGCAGCGAGGGGAGCUGCGUAGACCAACUGAUGUUUAUCACCUUCCCCAGAGGCUUCGUACUAGUGUGGUUUCUGGAUACUUCCUCCAGUGUUGGGAAGCCUGUCGAAAAAGGGUGAGAAUCUGUGACCAGCGGGAUCAGUGGCCCAGACCAGUCAGCAGAGACCAGAGCUCACACUGCCAGGAGGAACUGCUGGAGCUGGAGAGUGAUGUCAGAUUACUGAGAGUGUUGCACAAAGCAUUUGGGUUGCGGUACUAUCUUCUCGGCGUACUGAAAGUGAUGGUCAACAUAAGCAGCUUUGCAGGUCCACUGCUUCUCAGCAGUCUGGUGAACUUUAUGGAGGAAAAAGGGGCCGAUGUCAGCAGGGGGAUUUGGUGUGUCCUGGGACUCUUCACCACAACUCUUCUAAGCUCCAUUCUCCGAAACAUCUACGUCUUUGAGGUCUCAAAGGUGGCGCUGUCGGCACGUUCCGCACUGAUAUCGACCAUCUACAGCAAAGCCCUGCGGGUCAGCAGCUGCAGUCUGGCUGGCUUCACGCUGGGAGAAGUGUUGAACUUAAUGAGCACAGACACGGACCGCGUGGUCAACUUCUCAAACAGCUUCCACGAGCUUUGGAGCCUUCCCUUCCAGUUUUCCAUCACCCUUUACUUGCUGUAUCUGCAGGUGGGCGUGGCUUUCCUCGGAGGACUCUGUGUGGCUCUGGUGCUGGUGCCCUUUAACAAGUUCAUUGCCUCCUGUAUCCUUAGCAACAACAAACACCUGCUGAAGUGCAAAGAUAACCGUGUUAAGUUAAUGACAGAGAUCCUUUUUGGAAUUCGAGUCAUCAAGUUUUACAACUGGGAGAGUCAUUUUACCCAGAAGGUGGCUGAAUAUCGUAAACAAGAGCUGUCCCACCUGAAAGCCAUCAAAUACCUGGACGCCAUGUGUGUGUACACCUGGGCCGCACUGCCUGUGGUCAUCUCAAUCCUCACCUUCGUCACCUAUGUGUUGCUUGGACACCAGCUGACUGCAGCCAGGGUUUUCACCACACUGGCUCUGGUGGGAAUGUUGAUAACUCCUCUCAAUGCCUUCCCCUGGGUGCUCAACGGUGUCCUGGAGGCCAAAGUGUCUCUGGACCGAAUCCAGCUCUUCUUUAAACUGACCAACCAGGAUCUGCAGGCAUACUACACCCAAGUGUCUGCUGAAGACAGUGAGGCGUCAGUCUUGUUGAGCCGGGGGACGUUUUCCUGGCAUGGACCCGAUAAAAACACAGACACAGGUGAAAGCGAAACAAAAGGAAGUCUGCAGCUGCACAGUCUGAAUCUACAAGUAACCAAGGGCUCUCUGGUUGCCGUGGUGGGGAAGGUCGGCUGUGGGAAAAGUUCCUUAUUAGCUGCUCUCACCGGAGAACUUAGCAGGCUUGGUGGUGUAAUCUAUGUUGCAAACAGAGAAGCUGGCUUUGGGUUUGCCUCCCAGGAGCCGUGGAUCCAGCAUGCUUCAGUACGGGACAACAUCCUGUUUGGCAAAGACUACAAUGCUGCCUUCUACCAAGCUGUGAUCGAGGCCUGUGCCCUCUCAGUGGACCUUAAUGUUUUGCCAAACGGUGACAAGACAGAAGUGGGUGAGAAUGGAGUGACUCUGAGUGGAGGACAAAAGGCUCGGUUGGCUCUGGCCAGAGCCGUUUACAUGGACAAAGACAUCUACCUCCUGGAUGACCCACUGGCGGCGGUUGACACAGACGUGGCCGAACACCUCAUGAAGAGCUGCAUCAUGGAGCUCCUCAAGGGGAAGACCAGAAUUCUCUGCACACACCGCAUAGAGUUUGUGGAUAAAGCUGACAUGGUGGUCCUCAUGGAGAAUGGAACAAUAAUUACAACAGGAUCACCAGCAGAGAUUCUUCCUUUAGUGGAAGCUGUGCCAAAAAUGGAGAGAAGCGACGGCAAAGCUAAACAGAAAGACAGCAUGGAGCGUGAGGAGGAAGAGGAGGAGCAGCAGGGUUCUCCCCCUGAUCUGUGCGUGGACGAUGAUCCUGAUGUGUCGGGGGAAGAGCAGAAGCAAGUGGGUGGACUAGCGUGGAGAGUUUACCAGACUUACUGGUUUGCUGUGGGUGGAGUUCUCGCCACCUCCAUCUUAAUGUCUCUUCUCUUUAUGCAAGCAUCUAAGAAUGUUUCCGACUGGUGGUUGUCCCACUGGAUCUCAGCUCUGAAAAACAACAGUUCCUCGGGGACUAACGGUUCCUCUUCAGCGGUCAGCUCUCCUCAUCUGCUGCUUUUCUCAGCUGCUGGGCUUCUAUCUCCUGUGUCCUCUGAGCAAGAUUUCCUCUCCACCAACACCAGUCAGGAUGUCAGGUUUUACCUGAUGGUCUACAGCUCCAUCGCCGCGGCCAACACCGUCUUCACCGCCAUCCGAGCCUUCCUCUUCGCCUAUGGAGUCAUCUGUGCUGCCAGUGUCAUCCACGACAGACUUCUGGAUCGGGUCCUUCAGGCCACUGUGACCUUCUUUGAUAUGACCCCUUUAGGCCGCAUCCUCAACCGAUUUUCCUCAGACCUGUACAGCAUCGACGACAGCCUGCCGUUCAUCCUGAACAUCCUGCUGGCCAACAUCUUCGGCCUGCUCGGCAUGCUGGUGGUGAUCAGCUACGGCCUGCCCUGGGUCCUGGUGCCCCUGCUCCCCCUGGCCCUGCUCUACCACCGCACACAGCACUUCUACCGACACACCUCCCGGGAGCUGAAGCGCCUGUGCAGCCUCACCCUGUCACCCGUCUACUCGCACUUCUCCGAGACGCUGACCGGGCUCGGUACCAUCCGGGCCAGCGGCCACGCUGCCAGGUUUGAGGAUGAAAAUGCCAGGCGGCUGGAGCAGAACCAACGCUGCCUGUUUCUUAGCAAUGCUGCCAUGCAGUGGCUGGACAUCCGCUUGCAGCUGAUUGGUGUUGCUGUGGUAACGGGUCUUGGGGCGAUUGCCAUCAUUCAGCAUCAGUAUAGUUCUGUAGAUCCAGGUUUGGUGGGUUUGUCCCUUUCCUACGCGCUGUCCAUCACAAUGCUGCUGUCCGGCCUCAUAUUCAGCUUCACACAGACGGAGAUGCAGCUGGUGAGUGUGGAGCGAACAGAGGAAUACUCCACAUGCCUGCCGACCGAGCCACAGCAUCACAGCGCACAGCUGCCUCCUGGGUGGCCCGAGCUGGGCUGGUUGGAGUUUCGUGAUGUGGUUCUGGCGUACAGGGAGGGCCUUCCUAACGCCCUGGACGGAGUCAGCCUGGUAGUGCGAGCUGGGGAGAAAAUUGGCAUUGUUGGUCGUACAGGUUCCGGCAAGUCCACCAUGUUCUUGGCCCUGUUUCGUAUGGUGGAGCUGAACCAGGGACAGAUCCUCCUGGAUCAGCUGGAUAUUAGCACUGUGGGGCUAAAUCAGCUCAGGUCAAAGCUAGCCAUCAUCCCUCAGGACCCCUUCCUGUUCAGUGGGACCAUCAGGGAGAAUCUGGACCCAUGUGGGCGACACCUGGACCCACAGCUGCUGGACGUCAUGGACCAGUGUCACCUCAGCGCCGUGGUCAGCAGGAUGGGAGGUCUGGAUGCUGAGGUGGGAGCGAGAGGACGAUGUCUCUCUGCAGGACAGAGGCAGCUGCUGUGUCUGGCCCGAGCUCUGUUGACGCAGGCCAGGCUCUUGUGUAUCGAUGAAGCCACAGCCAGCGUGGACCAGAAGACGGACAGACUGUUGCAGCAGACCAUCAGAGACAAGUUUCGGGACAAGACUGUCCUCACUAUUGCUCACAGGAUCAACACCAUCUUGGACUCGGACCGGGUGCUUGUGUUGCAUGCUGGGAAGGUGGUGGAGUUCGACACUCCUGCUGCUCUCUGCCAGACUGAUAACUCCAUCUUCCAAAGACUGGUCGGACACCAGGGAGGACGACAUUCAGGAGGAGAUUCCUCUGAACUCUGAGGAUGCUCUUUAACAGUCUGAAGCAGAGCAGGGGCUAACGUGAAGGAACUUUAACUUAUAUAUCCAUAUUCGACAUUUUCUCAAUUUUUAUUUGUUUUUUUUCUUCUCCAACAGCUUAAAUUUCAUUCCACUGAAGGGUUUCUUUUUUUGAUCUGCUUCUUUCUUUAACCAUAUGGUCAUUUCUUUUGUUGCUGCAUAUCAGUCGACUUCAUGUCUAAAUGUGAAUAACUGACAGCAGCUGAGUUAACACGGUUAAAAACAUGAGUUAGUUACAGUCGGAGAUUUAUGGGCUUGUUGUGUUUCUGUUUGAGGACUCCACUUUAUUUUUCCAGUAUGUACAAGAUGAAAUUACACAGUUGUUUCCUGUUAUGGCUGAACAACAAACAACAACAAACUUUGUUAGCUGCUACGUUACCUGAAGGAAGUUGGGGAUAAAAACUCUGAAACCAGUUUUCAAUUAAAUAAAUGUUGGAUGUUCUGGACAUAUUGAAUAUUUCCGUCCAUCCGGACUCAGUAACCACACCUGUUCCUGAAUCUGGUUUGUCUACAAGCUGAGAAACAAAGAACUUGUUUGAAAGUAAAUAUCUUUCUGAGAACAUGACUUAGCACCAAUCACAGCACAGGAAAUGCUUCCGCUUGAAGAGAAAACUACCGAUAAGAAUCUCAGUUUUCAUAGAACAUUUUAAGACCUGAAAUAAGUCUCAGCAUUGAGGUUGAUUUUUUUUAAAUAAAAGAAAUUGUGACAAACUUC